GGCUUUCUCUGCAUCGCAGAUCAAACCCAGCCUACGAAGUGAUUGACAUGAUGAUGCAGUGGCGUACGAAUUCUGGGCAGCUUUGGCAGUGAGAGGAAUCUGGGUUUAUCUGGCCAGGAGGGGAACGUGAUGACGGCCUGGUCUAUGGUGGAAAGGCUGAAAAUGGAAAAGAGGCGCUCCCAAGAAGAGAGGACUGCAGAGCAAGACGGCGGGGACUGCAGUGCGGAAUCUGAAGAAUGGACAAGCUCAGAGAGUGAGCCUGAGCAGCCUUACUUCAGGAGCAGCUGCAGCAACGCUCACUGGAGGGAGAAGGAGAUCGCCCACAAACCCCAUCGGCCACUUUGCCGCUCUCCUUGCUUGGAUCGUCCGAGCUUUUCGCAGAGCAGCCUCCUUCAGGAUUUGAAAUUGGAAGAGAGUAAAACAAACCUGAACAAAGAAUAUCAAGCUAAAAUCGAUUUUGCUUUAAAACUGGGAUAUGCUGGAGAUCAGAUUGAAGCCGUGUUGAGCAAGCUGGGGGCAGAUGCCCUCAUCAAUGACAUUUUGGCAGAGCUCGUAAGACUUGGAAACAAGGCUGAGGGUGAAGGCCAAGCCAGUACGGGCAGCACCUCUGGUACCCCUGGUACCAGUACGAAGGAGACUGCCAGUCCUGAGCUGUCUUUGGAGGAUGACGUGGUGGACAGCUCUGAUAACUUGAGGCCAAUUGUCAUUGAUGGAAGUAACGUGGCAAUGAGCCAUGGGAACAAAGAAGGGUUUUCCUGCAGAGGGAUUCAGUUAGCUGUCGACUGGUUUCUGGAGAAAAGUCACAAAGAUAUUACAGUAUUUGUGCCUACCUGGAGAAAAGAGCAGUCACGACCAGAUGCACCAAUUACAGAUCAAGAAAUCCUACACAAACUGGAAAAGGAAAAAAUUCUUGUUUUCACCCCAUCUCGGAGAGUUCAAGGGAGAAGGGUAGUGUGCUACGAUGACCGUUUCAUAGUGAAACUGGCUUAUGACUCUGAUGGCAUCAUCGUCUCAAAUGACAAUUAUCGGGACCUUCAAAAUGAAAAGCCAGAGUGGAAGAAAUUCAUAGAGGAACGGCUGCUGAUGUAUUCUUUUGUGAAUGACAAGUUUAUGCCACCUGACGACCCAUUAGGACGCCAUGGCCCUAGCCUUGAAAACUUCUUAAGGAAAAAGCCUGUUAUUCCAGAGCACAAAAAACAACCAUGUCCUUAUGGCAAGAAGUGCACCUAUGGACACAAAUGCAAAUAUUAUCACCCGGAGCGAGCAAACCAGCCCCUGAGAUCUGUGGCAGAUGAGCUUCGCAUCAGUGCCAAAUUAUCUGCUGUCAAAACCAUGAGUGAAGGCGCAUUGGCCAAGUGUGGCACAGGGGCAGCCCUUUCCAAAGGGGAAGUCACUUCAGAAGUGAAGCGCAUUGCUCCAAAACGUCAGUCUGAUCCAAGCAUCCGGUCUGUGGCUGUGGAACCUGAGGACAGGCUGUCGAUGGUGCGGAAGUCUGAGGCUAAUUCCGUCCCUUCCCUCGUGUCUGCCUUAAGCGUCCCAACCAUUCCGCCUUCCAAAAGCCACGCAGUUGGAGCAUUGAAUACUCGGUCAGCAAGUAGCCCUGUACCAGGUUCAUCACAGUUCACGCAUCAAAAAUCUUCACUGGAACACAUGGCCAGUGUGCAGUAUCCUCCAAUCCUGGUCACUAAUAGCCAUGGCACUUCAAUCUACACGGAUCAAUAUCCAAAGUAUGAGUCUCUGGGAGACCAUGGCUAUUACUCUAUGCUCAGCGACUUCUCCAAUUUGAGCAUUAGCAGCAUGCAUAACACAGAUUAUUAUGGGGCUGAUGUAGACCAAGGUAUAUACUCAAGAAAUUCAAGUCCAUGUCCUGACAGUUGCUUAAGCCAUACAAGUAAUGAUUCUUAUUCCUCCUAUACUGACUUGUAUCUGGGUGUGGGCGACUCAAGCCCAGAAGACAACGUGAAGGUUCAUCGACUCCCACCACAAAGCCGUCUUCAGCCCUUUUCUCAUGGUUAUCACGAGUCCUUAACGAGAGUCCAAAGCUAUGGUACCGAAGGAACGAAGCAUCCUGCCCGCAAACAUUCAGCUUCCCAUUUAGCGCUGCACGUCCAACACCCAGUCAUUGGGGCACGGUCCAGUUGCCCAGGAGACUACCCUGUGCCUCCGAACGUUCAUCCAUCAGCCACCGCCCAGCCAAGUCGCGCCCUUGUCAUGACAAGAAUGGACAGUAUUUCUGACUCGCGGCUUUAUGAAAGCAACCCCACACGGCAAAAGAGGCCGCCCCUCUGUCGAGAACAGCACGCCAGCUGGGAUCCUUUGCCUUGCGCAACAGAUACCUACGCCUACCAUUCCUACCCUCUGAGCAACAACCUCAUGCAGCCAUGUUACGAGCCUGUCAUGGUGAGGAGUAUGCCCGAGAAAAUGGAACAGCUCUGGCGGAAUCCUUGGGCUGGAGUCUGUAGCGAGCCACAAGAGCCGCACAUUAUUCCAGAGCAUCAGUACCAGACCUACAAGAAUCUCUGUAAUAUUUUUCCUGCUAGCGUUGUCCUCUCUGUAAUGGAGAAGAAUCCUCAUAUGACAGACGCGCAGCAGUUGGCAGCUAUGAUUGUUGCCAAAUUGAGAACGGGGCGUUAAAAGGAGCAUUUUGAAUCCCUGAAGAUAAAUAUUGGAAAUGCUGUGCAAGCAUUCUGGAGAGCUCCCCAAAUGACGAGAUAUUCUCUGUUUGUAAAUAGUUUUUAACUUGAGGCAUACAACUCUGUAUAUAUUUAAUAUAUGUGUGAGGCAUUCUGUCAGAGCAGAUUGUGUUAUAAAUAUGAGUAUUUAAGAAUUUUUAAAGCAGGGAUUUUUAA